UCACUUGAGCCCAGGAGUUCCAGGCUGCAGUGAGUCGUGGUGGGGCCACUGGACUCCAGCCUGGAUGAAAGAGCAAGACCCUGUCUCAAAAAGAGAAAGGAAAAAAUUUAACAUCAAGAACUUUCAUCAAGACGCCACCGAGAGAAUACGAUAACCCACAGAGUAGGAAAAGAGAUUUGAAAUACACAUCUGCAAUAAAGGACUUGCUCGCAGAAUACGGAGGAUAAAAAUUAGCAACACUUCCGUUCGCGCCUGGACGGAACUUCCUGUCACGGCGACGAACAUCCUGCAGAAUUUCCUGUCACGAGCAACAGCCCGCAGGAAGAAAUGGAGGCUGAAAGGCUGCGACUCCUCGAGGAAGAGGCCAAGCAGAAAAAGGUAGCCAGAAUGGGAUUUAAUGCAUCUUCCAUGCUCCGAAAAAGCCAGCUAGGUUUCCUCAACGUCACCAGUUACUCGCGUUUAGCCAACGAGCUGCGUGUGAGCUGCAUGGAGAGGAAAAAGAUCCAGAUUCGGAGCUUGGAUCCCUCCUCUUUGGCGACCGACCGAUUUAACUUUAUUCUGGCGAGUACCAACAGCGACCAGCUCUUCGUAGUGAACCAGGUUGAAGUCGAAGGCUCCAAGUACGGCAUUAUCAGCCUGCGAACUCUGAAGAUCCCUUCAUUCCACGUGUACGUGCUCAGAAACCUCUACGUCCCCAACCGGAAGGUGAAGUCCCUGUGCUGGGCCUCGCUGAACCAGUUGGACUCUCACAUUCUGCUGUGCUUCGAGGGAAUUACAGAUGCUCCAAGCUGUGCGGUGCUGCUUCCAGCGUCGCGAUUCUUAAGUGUUCACACAAGAGUAAACCAGCCUGGCGUGCUCUGCAGUUUCCAGAUCCCUGAGGCCUGGUCCUGUGCCUGGUCCCUCAACACCCGGGCAUAUCACUGCUUUAGUGCAGGCUUGUCUCAGCAGGUCCUGUUGACCAACGUGACGACGGGACACCAGCAGUCAUUUGGUGCCAGCAGUGAUGUCUUGGCCCAGCAGUUUGCUAGUACGGCUCCUUUGCUGUUUAAUGGCUGCCGCUCCGGGGAGAUCUUUGCCAUUGAUCUGCGUUGUAGAAAUCGAGGCAAGGGGUGCAGGGCCACUCGCCUGUUCCAUGACUCUGCAGUGACCUCUGUGCAAAUCCUCCAAGAAGAGCAAUGCCUGAUGGCGUCAGACAUGACCGGAAAGAUCAAGCUGUGGGAUCUGAGGGCCACUAAAUGUAUAAGGCAGUACGAAGGUCACGUGAAUGAGUCCGCCUAUCUGCCCCUGCAUGUGCACGAGGAAGAGGGAAUCGUGGUGGCAGUGGGCCAGGACUGCUACACGAGAAUCUGGAGCCUCCAUGAUGCCCACCUGCUCAGAACCAUCCCUUCCCCGUACUCUGCCUCCGAGGACGACAUUCCCAGCGUGGCCUUCGCUUCUCGGCUUGGGGGCAACCGGGGAGCAGCACCAGGGCUGCUCAUGGCUGUCCGGCAGGACCUUUAUUGUUUCCCCUUCAGCUAAAUCUGCAGGUUGCAGCGCGGCCGAAUGUGGAUUUGACUUAAGGAAGUUAAGAGUAUGUUAUUACCGUUUCUGUGAGAGCAUUUUAAGAGACGUGAUAUAUAUAGAUCCCAUCCAUCCGGCUGCCAGGGGUAAGGUGUUAAGAGUUUUAUGUGGAGACUUUUCCGUAAAGUUAUUUCAGUUAAACUGUGGACUUAACUUGAAAGUCCUUUUCAUAAAAGAUACCUAUUUCUUCUUGUUGAAUGCCUUAGAACAGUUAACCACCUCCCCCACCCUUUUUUUUUUAAUCAGACUUUUCUAAGGACUGAAGAUUGGCAAAAACUAAAAUAAAUUAAAGCAGCUUCUUUCACUAGUAACCCUUUAGAGAAGCAUAAUGAUGGUACUGGUAAGACUGGCUAGUCAUACAGGGUCCCAUGCAUCUGUGCUUGAGGAAGCCAGUGGGAGUGGAGACAAGGGAGAGGUAAUUUCUUGGAGUCUCUACAGAAAUAUUUAAGGCUGCAGUUUGGAAUCAUUAAAUUUCUCAAACUCAAUAGCAGAUCCCUUAAGAUUCUCCUUUUAUUAUUAUCCAUAGGCAUUGGAAGGAAAGAGGGAUCUUCUUAAAUACGAGAAGUUUUAAACAGUCCUUACUGUGCUUUUGUUGAGGUACCUUUCAGAAUGUAAGGUGCAGCAGCUCCGGUUUCUAUUAUGGUGACUUGAAGUUCAGAUUCAAGGAAUUGGCUUUGACUUUUUGUAAUCUAGGAGCAGCAGUUUGUGAGAGGUUUAUUUAAAAUGUUAAAGAGCCUGUUUUUCUACCAAGGAAGGAAGAAAAAAACAUGUAAUAAUGUUAGUUGCUACUUCUUAAUAGCCAAAGCCUGGAAAUGAUCUGAAUUUCCAAAAUGCUAAAAUUCGUGCUAUAAUCAUACAAUUGGAUACUGCAUAAUAAUAGAAAAUAAGGCACACUUGCUAUGUGAAACAGUAUGGACCAAUCUCAACAUGGUGAUUAACAUGGUGAUUGAAAUUAGGUAGAAAUGAGUACAAACUGUAUGGUUCAAUUCUAAAGUUCAAAAGCAGUAAAAACUUGUCUAUGGUGAUUAACGGUAGAAUAGUAGGUACCUCUGUAGAAAGAAAGGAUUUUUUUUUUUUUUUCUUUUUAGGAUGCUUGAGAGUGACAUGGGGAAGCUUUAGGAAUGCUGAGUUUUCUUUAUCUUGACACUUGAUAAAUACGUAAUUCAUAUAGCUAUAUGCUUCACAUUUUUAUAGUUUACUGUAUAUAUGUUAUUCUUCAAAAAAAUAAAAAUAAGAAAGCAAUUAGGACACUAUUGUAGUUAGUCAGGCAAGGGACAGUGAUGCCUUGGACCUGCAUGUGAGAAGUAGAAAUGAUCAGAAAUGAUUGCAUUGGAAGGUAGUAUUAUUGGUAAGACUUGCUGAUGAGAGUAAACUAGAAAGUGAAAGAAUAAAGUAUGGCAGCAAUUUUUUUUGUUUUUGUUUUUUUUGGAGACGGAGUCUCGUUCUGUCGCCCAGGCUGGAGUGCAGUGGUGCGAUUUCGGCUCACUGCAAGCUCUGAGGAUGGCAGGUUUUUUUGUUAACUUUAGAACUGGUAGAUGAUGGUGUUGUUUACUAACCUAGGGAGGAUGAGGAGAAAAAAACUUUAGGUGAAGGGAAUGAUGCUGAGUUUUAGACAUCUACUAAACCUCCAAUUGGAGAUACAAAGUAUUCUGUAGAUCUGUGGUCAUGUCACGGCUGGUAUUACAAAUUUGGUGACUUCAAUACAUAGAAUUAAAGUAGAUGGGAUAGAUGUGGUUUAUAUGACCUAGAUGAGGUUAAUAAUGUAAUUACAUAUUGAUAGAAGAUGAGUAGAUCAAUACAGAAGAUAUGGAGAGUAUGGUUAGGCACAGAUUUUUGGAAUCCUUUCAGUCAGUUUUUGGUACUAACUUGAUAUGUGACACGAGAAAUUGUGUAAGCUUUACUUCUUGUUGUUUCUUCAGUGUAAAAUGUCUUAGACAAUAAAACUAAAUGAUAAAGUAGAUACAGGGUUAAAGUAUAUAUACGUUGUCCCUUUUACAUUGUAAGCAUUCAAAAUAAAACAAAAAAAUUAGUGAAACAAAGACAUUGUAAUUAUUCAGUAAGAACUAGCUGCAGGUAUAUAUAUAUACACACACAUACAUAUGUCUGAUAGUGAUAUGUCAUUUCUUUGGCAAUUGACAAAAAAUGACUACAUAACUUGAUAAACUGUUUAUCCUCAUUUGCAAAGAAAACAAAUGCAGAAAAAUAAAGAAAUCAGUACAAAAAGCACAGAUACCUAAAAGAAAGGUAGGCAAUAGUCUUGAAUAGGAGAAAAAGAGGAGAUCCAAAUGGCUAAUAUACAUUUGAAAAGGCAUCCAACUUCAUUUAUUGUCAAGGAAAUGCAAAUUAAAAUAAUAGUGCCACACCACUUUCACUAUAAUGGUUAAAAUAAAAUAGAUCAGGUGGAGUGACAUUGGGAGUUAAAGAGAAGCAAAUGUUGGUGCAGUUGUGAGCAAAUAGAACUUUCAUAUACUAUUGAGAGUGUAUACUGGUACAAGCACUUGGAAAAGUUAGUAAUUGCUAAAGCUAGGAGUUUGCAUACUCUAUGACCCAGUAAUUUCAGUCCUAGGAAUAUAUUCAUCAGAAAUGCAUACCUGUGUCCACCAUAAUUUGUUAAUAGCCCCAACUGGAAACUACCCAAAUGUUCAUUAAUAGUAGAAUGGAUAAAUCGUGGGAUAUUAACACAAUGGAAUCCUUUUUGCAGUAAGAAUGAACAUAGCAGUAUGGACAAAUCCCACAAACAUAAUGUUGAAAUAAAGAUGCCAAACACAAAAGAGCACAUAUUGUACAAUUAAUGCACAUAAAGUCCCUAAACAGACAAAAUUAAUCUAUGUUCUUAGAAGCAGGAUUAAUGGUAUACUUGCAGGGUAGGAGAGUAGUGACCAGAAGAGGAUUCUAGGAAGCUAGCAAUGCUGGUGUCAUGCCAGACCCCUGGUGACUCCAGUAGGAAUGGCACUGUGUCCGAGAGGCCAAAGAAGAUGUGUAGACAGCGAACAAGACUUGGGUUUAUUGGGGGAACUUAUAUAUAGGGAUGGUCCAGUGGUAGUAGGCUGAACGGAAGAACCACUACUGUUUGUAAAAAGCAUGCAGUUUAUAUAGCAUUUUCGUUUAGCACACUCCACCUAGCAACCUCCAUUUAACCCAAAGCAAAGGACCUUGAUCCCCUGUAUUGCCUGUGUUGUAAGGGAUGCGCUGGGGGUUCAGAUGUCCUGCAUAGAUAAGGAGUGAAACUCAGGGUUAGUCACUCCUGAUUUGUUAAUUUGUGAUUCUGAGCACACACUCAUUUUAGAUCACAGGGUCAUUCUCAGAGUAUGGUUGUUACUGCUGUCAGGUGCAUCUGCUGUAUAGUGGGGUAGUGGCUACACAGUUUUUGUUCACUAGUGAUAAUUCUUACAGCUGUGCCUUUAUGUGUUUUCUUCUGUGUAUUAUACUUCAAUAAAAAGUUAAAUUUUAAAAAACC